GACAUAAAAUAAACUCAACUAAACGAAGACGGAGGUCCCGGUUUCAUCGUUCUGACAGCCCCAGGUUGUAUCCAUGGAAAGACCAGAAAAUUGCACAGAUAAUCCAGCCCAGCUUGCGGAACUUCUUAAGCGAGCAUCCGUCGUCAUCAAAAAGGAGCGUUCCAAAUCGGCCGCCCUCUCAGCACGCAAUGACCAACUCAGUGUGGUGUUGGGGGACCUUCUUCGGGAAAGUCUCGGAAGCCACGAUCCUUCAGCGGCGAUGCAUCAAUAUCUAUCUGACAACAAUGCUCAAAUAAAACAACUACUGGGUUCUCGUACCUCGCUAUUAAAUUGGAUUGACGGUCACCUAAUGCUAGAAAAGAACUCUAAGCAGCCCACUAAAAACGCCACAUCAUCAAAUUCAUUAGUAAUAGAAAAUAAUCUACACAAGGAGGCAUUCUCAUCCAUCACAGGCGACAUCGCUACCACAACGGCUGCACGGCUUCGUCGUGCCUUCGCCCCGGCACCAAAUAAACAGCAGCUUGCUGAAGUAGUGGAUGUGAUGGUGAGGGCUCUUCAAACCGAUCUAAAGCAGCGGAUAUCCCGUAGAGAAUGGCAAGCGCCGCUGGAAAUCAACGCCAGGACAUGUAUCUUUCAUUUCAAUCGACUAAAAGCGUGUACGUACCUUUUCGAGUGGGUCUGCUCCGAUAACACAGAUAAACUUCUUACGCCCUGUGUGAAUACUGAUGAGUACACUUCAGAGAACGACUGGAACUCGGCACAUGCAUACCCCUCAAAUCGAUAUACUACCAAUCACCAACGACAUGAAAAGAGGAAAAGGCAAAAAGUGCUUAACUUUACUAUUGACAGUGGUCAGCUAUGCAUACUCAGCGGGGGUGGUCACAUAAAUGCAUUAGAAUUCUUCGAAAGGACGCUUCAUAUUCAGUGUUAAAGACUACCACACAACGGUCCUCGGUGUAUUCUUGAUAAAAGUUAGAGUCAAAGAUAAGGACCCCUUUGCAAACAAUAAAAUACUAACAGUAGAUAUUCAUUUAUAUGAGAAAACGAAAUCCAUAGAUCUUUGAAAGGAUUGAUAUACAAAAAGUGAAUGCCUUGAUACAUCAUAGCAUUUGGGAAUGGUAUAAAAAGGCCUAAACCCAUUAUAUCAACAAUAAGGAGUGGGUAAAAAAAAUUAGAAAAUUACAAAGAAACCGAUUGAAUUCAGUUCUAAGUUUGACAUCCAAGAAAUUUACUACCCACAGACGUGAUCGAUCCAAACAUCCACCCACACCCCUUCCUUUGCCGCGCACAUUUUAAACGCGGGAGAUCCAAAUGCGCAACCAUACUUCAUGGAUAGCGCUCUUCUGCGUGAUGCUCUUACUAAUGAAGAUGGCGCAUGCUAAUGAAAUUGUCAUCCGCACUAGUUUUGAUGAAAAUGGCAAAACGUAUAACGGUGAUGUGUUGAAUCUUGAAGGAUUGAGAGAGGUGAAAAGUGUCAGUCCUUCAAUAUACACUCUAUAGAUCGCUUGCCGUCCUUCGAGCUCUGAUUGAUUAGCUAUUCAAUAUUUUAGACCUAGUUCAAAAUUAUUAUUAUUUAAUAUGUAUUUCUACGAAGAAACGGCUCCCUGAUCCAGUAAAAAAAUGAUAAGGAAUACACACCUGUACUCUUCGCCAACGGAGUACCGUUCUUCAAGCUCUGAUUGAUUAACAAUUCAAUAUUUUAGACAUAGUUCAAAAUUAUUUUUUCUAUUACUAUUAUUAUUAUGGAUAUAACCCUACCAUGAACCAGUUGUUCGCCAAAUAAAAAA